ACACACACACACACACGCAAGCAUUCAAUAGCUUUCUGUUUCCACUGAAUCGGCGGAGUCACAGCUCAUAAGUUUCGCUUUCGCUUUCGUUUCUCCGCCUCAGUGCGGUAUAAACACAAGCAGGGCAGUAUAUAAAAGCGGCGACUCUCCUAAAGUGAAUAAAGCCACACAGGGAGACUCUGCACCUUCAUCAUGUUGUGUUACUGGGGAGAAGCUGUAAAACCCGACGGAUUUGGUUUAGUGAAGGCUGGCAGCGUGAAAUUCACGGACACUGGCAUUGGAUACCUUUCUCCAAAAUCCGGGAUCAGGGAUGUGUCUCCCGGGAAGAGUCUAGUGGGAUUCAUUGGCGGGGAUGGAAACGCAUCUGUCAUGAGAAUAAACAUCAGAGAAGAUGCCAAGUUUGGAAAACUGAAAUUAUUAGACCAGAAGAAAGACAAAAUCAGACUGAUCAGCUGUGGUGAAGCUGAUGCGGUCCUUCUGGCAUAUGGAGGCAAAGUACUUUCUUUGGAGAAAUCUAAUAUUUGCAGGCCCAUCAAAGAGCUCUCCAGUAAAACUGUAAUUCAGGUUGCAUGUGGAAACCAGCACUUCCUGGCACUGACAAACGAUGGUCAGUUGUUCACGUGGGGUCAGAACUCGAGCGGUCAGCUGGGAUUGGGGAAAGGUGAGCCGAGCUCUCUGUCUCCUCAGCCCCUCAAGUCUCUGUGUGGGAUCCCACUGAGUCAGAUCAGCGCCGGAGGAGACCACAGCGUCGCCCUGUCUCUCUCUGGAGCCGUGUUCGGCUGGGGCAGGAACAGCGCCGGGCAGCUGGGCCUGGGACAUACAGAGGAUAUGUCCAAUCCAACCUGCGUGAAUAACCUGAACCAAAAGAAAACAAGUUCCAUCUCAUGUGGAGAAGAACACACUGCUACUUUAUCAAAGGGAGGAACGGUUUUCACGUUCGGAUCAGGUCGUUACGGGCAGCUAGGUCAUAACUCAUUCAAUGAUGAACUUCAGCCUCGUGUGGUUACUGGGCUUGAGGGUUUAAACGUGUCCCAGAUCACAUGUGGGGGGAAUCACACUAUGGCACUGGUUGAAUCAUCAAACACGAUCUACUCAUUUGGAUGUGGAGAACAAGGACAACUGGGAAAUGGGCAGAGGACCAAUCAGUGUGUGCCACUUCCUGUACAACUGAUAUCAAGGGCCAAUAACAUCCAUACAGUUGAGAGCAUCAUUGCUGGUGGGAAUCAGUCCUUUGUCUUGUGCUCUUCUCAGAAAUCCAGUAGUAAUUUAGAACCUAACCGAAGGAAGGGGAUUGUGACAUUGGAGGACAAAAAGAUUGACAGAUGGGUGUCCGAGUGUGAAACAAAUCAGUGGAAGACCAUCAAAAAGGAAAUAAAAACAGUUUUCUCAUCUCCAGCUUGUAUAAAUGGGAGCUUCAUUAUAAAAAGUUGUGAUGGACAUUACGCAACAUCCACCCACAUCUCUGGUUUGGAUAUGGAAUCAGUGAAAACUGCUUUUGACCGGUUGGCCGAGAAGGAGAGGGUGUUGUUGGAGGUAGAGAAGGUGGUUGAGAAAGAUCUUCUCCCCUCUCUGGGCUCAACUGCUGCUGGUGUGGAGGCUCUGAGGGUUUUCCUCAUCCUGCCUGAACUCCUCAGAGUGCUGAACAAUCAAGGUCAUGAGACAAAGCUCACAGCAUUAUAUGCUUCUGCCAUUUUGAAUUUGGAGCCCUGCAGGUUUACGGUUUUAGAGAAUUUCUGGUCUGAACUCCCCAAAACCUUCCUUAAAACAUUAGUGAAACUUUUGCACACUUCGGCCGCAAAAAUGAUAUCCAAGAUCACGUAUGACUGCAGACAAGAAAUAGUCAUGGAUUCCCCAUUAUGUAAAUUGGUGAAAGUCCUCCAGCUGCUCUACAAGGCUUCCUGCACGAACCAACGAGAAAUCACACCUGGAGAUUUCAUCAUCUAUGAGAUCAAUGAGCUGCUUGACAUGAUAUAUGCUCUUGACAUGGACAUAAACAAUAUGUGGAUUGGAGACAAUAGUGGGAUGUUGGCAGAAAAACAGACAUAUGUGCACACCUUAAAACUCCUGAGCUCAAGUCCUUGCAUCUUUACUCUGGAGGCUAAAUACAGCCUUCUAAAGUUCAGAGAAUCUUGGGGACCCUUUACGAUGGUGUUAAGACGCACUGCAAUUCUGGAGGAUUGUUUCCAACAGCUGAGGGCCGCGAGUGAGCAAGCGCUGAAGGGCUGGCUGCGGGUGAUGUACUCUGAAAAUGCCGAAACGAGCGACGUCUUUAAGAGGGACUUCUUUCACAAUGCAUUUAAAAUGCUAAAGGACCCAGAAUCAGAAAUGUUCAUGGACAAUGACACAAAAACAUUGAUCUGGUUUCCUGUUGAGCCCAAUUUACCAGAGGAGAGAUACUUUCUUCUCGGACUCCUGUGUGGUCUGGCCUUUUACAACAACAGUGUCGUGCACAUGCCCUUUCCUUUAGCCCUGUUUAAAAAACUUCUCGACAUCAGACCUUCUCUGGACGAUUUUGCUGAGCUGAGUCCUGUCAUAGCACAGAGUUUGCAGUACUUACUGAACUACACUGAUGAUGAUGCGGAUAACAUGGACAUGACCUACACUAUUGUGUGGAACAACAAGGAAGUUGAACUGGAUCCAGACGAGCCUGGCAAAACCGUGACAAGCUCAAACAAAAACGUGUUCGUGGACGCGUAUGUGGAUUACGUGCUGAACAAGUCCGUGGAGCGGGUGUUUAAUGAAUUUAAGAAGGGAUUCUACAAAGUGUGUGACAGACACAUGGUGGACAUCUUCCAUCCAGAAGAGCUCAGAGGAGUGAUGCUGGGCUCAGAGGAAUACGACUGGGACACAUUCAGACAGAAUGCAACUUAUGAAUACGGAUUUCAUGCAAAACACCAAACGAUUGUCUUUUUCUGGGAAGUGUUUGAAGAACUGUCAAGCCAGGACAAGAAAGCCUUCCUCUUGUUCCUGACCGGAUUUGAUCGAGUUCCCAUUCUGGGUAUGGGGCAGGUGAAGAUGCGAGUGCAACCCCUGUUUAGUGGCACACAGGAUUAUCUGCCCCAGGCUCUUACCUGCCAUGCCUUACUGAAUCUCCCAGUGUACCAAAGAAAAGAAACACUUCGAACGAAGCUCACUGAAGCCAUACACCACAGAAGAGGAUUCUGGGAAGAAUAAAAUGACAGCCUUAUGUAAUUUGACAUUGUGCUGCUGUAUGAAAAUGUGGACUUUGGUGUUGCCUGUGCUGUGUGUCUUAAUAUGUCAGCCUAAUUACUUGAUGUAGUUCUACAUUUUGCACAGACCUGAGCUCAGGAUCGAACUGGGGACCCUGUUUGUGGAUUCUUAUUGAGGAAACAGGUUGUUCAAAGCCUGUUCAAAAACCUUGCUCUCAUUGCACAUAUUUUUUGAGGUUAUUUUAUAAUUUCACAUAAACACAAAAACAGCCUGAGUGUUCGAUUAAUUUCUUUCAGAAAGGCAACACUAGAUAAGUAAAGGAAUUUACUUAAGGAUGAAAAAAAAAUACAUUAAACGUAGUGUAACUUUUACUUCUUAUAUCUCAGAGCAGACUACACACUGAUAGAUGAAUUUAUAGAUGACCAGUUAAGGACUUUAUCAAAAGGGGCAUAGCCUUUGCUAUUGUAAUUCAUAUUUAAAACGUAUUUACUACAAUGUAAAACAAAUGCAACUACAAUGAAUGCUCCUAAUAAAAUUGGCUUUAACUAAAUGUUGUGAUAUUUUGCUGUAAUUCAGUAUUUCAAAGGUAAAGAAGUUACUAGAAUGUUUAUUUUAAUGGAUGUUUUGUCCGAACAACGCAAGGGGCGUUUCACUCAGUGUAUUCACCUGACAAGACUGUCACGGAAAAGCUGCAUGAAUCUAAAGUCACGGCUAGAAAGAAUUUAGCCCCAGCCUCACUUCUUCAUACCAUUCUGUAUGUUUUUCCUUCAACUGUUGGUAGUGCUGUUGCGCUUGGUUCCACAGAAGUCCCAAAUAAUCCACUUUAAAACAUUUGUUAAUAGCAAAUAAUCUGUUUUGGAUGGCAAAAAUAAUUAUAUUGAUUUCUUUUUAGAUUUCAAAGACAGGGGAGACCCGCUAGUGCAUUUGUACCAGCAGCUGUUUACCAGCCAUUAGAAAGCACCCUAUGUUUUUUUUUUGUUUUUUUGUUUUUUUAUGACUUAUUGAGUUAUUAUUGGUCAAUUAUGAGGACUUUUUCAUACUUUAUGAAAAACAGUGAAAGUCUUAUAGCUUUAGCUGUAAUCAUAAGCUUUAGUUGUAGUAUCCAUAGCAAGGGGAUCAAGCAUAUGGCCUGCAGACUCUAAUCUGUAAUUGAAUUGUAAGAUUCUAGCAAGUGCUUUGCUGCGUCCCAGUUCACCUACUUAUACUAUGCACUAAGAAAAAAUACAUACAUUUGAGUGUGUAGCAAAAUAAUAUGCAAGUACUGAGACAUACUACCACAUCAUGUAAUGGAAGAGAACGUUGUUGCCUCAUGUAGUUAUGCACACUGUCACCGUAAAUACUCCUCAUUGCAUUUACAGCUUUUCUUCAUUCGUUAUUCCUUUUAGAAUUUAUACUACAUCAUUUAAUUUAACAUUCAUUAAUCUUACAUGAAAGUAAAAAAAAAAAAAAAACUUUGGCUAGUG